AUGGAAAUAUCAGACCCGACAACCCUACAAGGCAUCGCUUUCCACCCUGCGCCAGCUUGUGGAUACUGCUGGAAGUACGAAUCAGACCUCCCGGCGAACACAAAGCUCAAACGCUGUGUCGGCUGCUCAGUCGCCUUGUACUGUAGCAGGGACUGCCAGAAGGCUGCAUGGGCUACCCACAAGCGGCUGUGUCGCCCCUCCGACUCGGAGUCGGCCCCUAACUCACUCCCAAAUCAACUCGCGGGGCACUCCACCCCGCUCGAGCUGUUCACCAACCUCAACGAGUGGGUCUCGAACACGCACGACUACGCCUUCCGCACCCUCAUGCGCGCCGCCGUCCUGCUCAACGGCGGCGGGCUCGCCGCCAACUUCGCCGAGCCGUGCAUCGUCGUCUUCAAGCUCACGCGCGUCGCCGAGCCCAAGACGCCCGCCCACGCGUUCCAGCUGAAAGUGCAGGUGCCGCAGACGCUCAAGGGCGAGGGCCUCCGCGCGACGGUCAAGGAGGGGCAGGCGGCCGUGCACGCCGCGUGCCAGCUGCAGUUCGAGGCGAUCCGGCGCGCGAAUGCAGCGAUCCCGGAGUACGCUGGCGCGCUUCUGGCGAUGGUGUGGGUGGAGGGCACCGAGAUCGUGGCGUACCACCCGUACCCGAUAUAUGGCCUGAGGUCGGGCGACACGGGGCCCCUCAGCGAGCGUAUGAGCCCGGUGUUCGAGGGCGUCGUGGCCAUGUGCGUUGGGACGAUGAACGCGGGGCUUGUCUUGCAUCCGCCGCGCGGAAAUGGGCCGCCCGAACCCGAUGUCGGCGUCCUCCUCAAGCGGAAGAAGAAGUGGGAUUGGAAGAGGCGGGAGCGUUGGGCGUGGAAGCGCGACGUGUCCUUGCCAUCUAGGAUGGAUCCGGACCUCGUCUGGGCCGCCUACCACAUACUGUGAAGCUCUGCACUCAGACUCCGGUAAUACGCUGUCCUAGCAAUUUGUCCUUGGGUACCCACGCAACGGGUUCGGGUGGCACCAGGAAGACUCAUGACUCUUGCAUCUCGCAACGGGACCAUCGCAAUAGCUGAGAGGUAUCAGUACACCCGAUGGUUGGAACGAUUGGGUAUACUUAGACUUGACCCCCUAGUAUGUAUAUUAGACCUUGACACUUAUAGCUACUCCUCGACAUCAUUAUUCUCCAAAUACC